CGCGCUGGGCGGUUUAGUUCCCGACCGCUCGCGGAACUAUUUGGUCGCACUCGGCGCGAAAAAUACAAAUCCACAGAAAAUAUAGAAAACUUUUACUCUCCACAUCACUCAACACCCGAACGAACCACCUACAAAAUCUCAACUGCAUUCGGAGGAGCCAACGGCCGGCGAGCAAUGUAACACUAGGAGCCGGAGACUACAGCCACCAGAAUGUCCAGAUAGCAGCCCCAGCAGGAUCCCCCUAUCCCGAUCUCAACCAGCAGGAGCAGCAGUCAAUCACAUCGAGAACCCAGGAAAUUGAGGAUUACUAAGAAAAUUUCUGGGUACACGACAUGGCCCACUACAGUGGCAUCGCCAGCCGGCGGAGGUGCCGGCUCAUUUAAAAAUCUCUUCACCAAUGGUCAGUUGGGAGCAGCUGAGGAGAACAACAACAAUAAUGACCAGAAUGAGCAGGAGAACCGUCCGAAUAAAACAACAACAACGAGGGACCUGCGGAUCCCGCCUGCUGGGUCUUUGGAUAUGGAUCUUUAUGCUGGCAUCCGGGCUUCACCUAUACCAAGUGCAUUACGGGCUACAUAAGGGGCUAUGUCCGCCGAUUCUGGCAGGGCAAUGUCACCCACCGCGGCUGUGAAGAAAAACCUGGACGUGUUGCAACGCUCAUUGAGACAAAGAGGGAAUCACUUGGGGUGCGCCUAUAGAAUAACAGGGAGCACGGCACUGGAUUAUCUCAAGCAGCGCGAGUGCACACUGGGUGGCUAUGCAACGAUUGAUACCAAGUUCUUCCCGCGCGUCGCCUCCCAGGACACGCCCUUUAGCGGCGAGGCGGUGGAGGUGUUGGUGUAUGUGGCCACGCCGGAGAAUAUCCAUUUGGGCGAUGACCCGGUGGAGGAGAUCGCCCAGCAGAUUGUGUCGUGCCGCGGUCCCAGCGGCCACAAUGCCGAGUACCUGUUGCGCCUGGCGCUCUUUAUGCACGAGGUCCCCGGCGUUAGGGACGAUCACCUGUUCGAGCUGGAGCGCCUGGUCCUGGAGGAGCUGUACCGCCGCCAAAUACCUCUGUCGUCUGUGAUGGGCCGCAAUCCGGAUAGGAUUCGGCGUGACUCGCACGAGGACACGCGCCCGCCCUCCUUCGAGUUCACAUCCCGUGUGCCGGAUACCAAGUGCGCUGCCUUAACAUUUGAUUGCGGAUGCACUGGUGGCCGAAAACGGCGGACACAGCUAGUGAUAGGCAGGCCGCGUUUAUUGCUACAGCAAAUUCCAAAUUAUUGAUCGACAUUUAGCUUGCUAGUUAACCAGAGUCUAUCGCCAAAUUCGACGUAUUCUUUAAAUUCUAAAUAAUCCUAGGCCUAACCGUAAGCAUCAACUCCUCGAUAAGUGAUCUGAUUUAGCCAAUAAGCUAUGAUUAAGGCAGUCCGUAAGCACAAACAACUUUUUACACGCAAAACCGUCAGGGAGUUAAAUUAAAACGAAAAGAAAUUCAUACAA